AUGGACUCUAGUUUAAUCAAUCCAAGAAAUUUGAGCCGCAAGACAAGAGGAAAAAGAAAGAUAGAAGAAAGCAAUGUUGGGGAUAAAAAAGAGGAUGGAAGAGGUUACUUCACAUGGAAUUUGGACAUGGAGCGUGUUUUAGCUGAAACACUUAGACAUCAAAGAGGUUUGGGCCGCCAAAAUGGAGUACGGGAAACAGUGGCAUACAAUGUUCCAGCUGAUAUUUUGUCUACACGCUUCAAUGUUCAGCUUAAUGAAGAGGAUGUCAAAAACCACAUCAAACUUUGGCGAAGAUGGUAUAGGAUAGUUAGUGAUAUUCUCUGUCAAAGUGGGUUUGAUUGGGAUGACACAAAAUGCAUGAUUAUAGUCGAAGAUGAAAAUGCCUGGAAUGAAUAUGUCAAGGUCAUUCCGAAUUGGAAUGACAUUGUAGAUAUAUGUGAGAAAGAUAGGGCAACUGGAGUUCAAGUAGAACAUGCAUUUGAUGUGGACGAUGUCAUGAGCAAAGAAGCAAGUGUAGAUGAAAAAGGUUCAACUUUAUAUAUUGAUUUAGAGGAACCAAGUUCCACAACAAAGAAAAUACAAUGUACUCAUGCUAAUAAAGAUAAACAUAAAGAGGGAAUGAUAAACGCUAUGAGAGAAGUGGCCAAGUCAUUGAAAGAUUUUGUGCAAGUUAGUAGAAAAAAGAUGGAAGGAUAUGCUCAAGAAGUGGUGCAGGAAGUGUUGAAUGAAACGAAGAUAAUUUUCGAUUCUGAUGAUGAUACUCUACGUUAUAAAGCAAUAAAUUGGUUGAUUGACAAUCCGAACAAACUUGCCGUUCUUAAAGCUCUUCCAUUGAGUGAGAAGAAGAAAUAUAUCUUUGCUUCUAUUUCUAUGUAUUUAGAUCAAGGUAGAGCUUUCUAA